CGAGGGGCGCGCACCUCGGAGGCGGGAGGGACGCGGUGGUGUGGUGGGGCCGAGGGCGCCCAGUUGCGCAGGGGCUGCCCUUGGGUGCGGCCGCUGUGCACGCUCCCCCAGACACCUACGUGAAUGAGGUGAUGGAACCGUUCAGGCCGCAUCGUCUUAGGGCGUCUGAGUGACUUCUGGCCUGGCUGCUGCGGUUCGCGGCCCAGCACUGACUCAGACCAUGUGGACCGCAGAUGAGAUUGCACGGCUGUGUUACGAACACUAUGGGACCAGGCUGCCCAAGAAGGGGAAGCCCGAGCCCAACCGUGAGUGGACGUUACUGGCCGCAGUGGUGAAGGUACAACUCGUAGCUGACCGGGCCUGUGGUGGCAGUAACAGACCAAAACAAGUGACAAAGGAAGUUGUCUCAAUGGGAACAGGAACGAAAUGCAUAGGCCAGUCCAAAAUGAGGAAGAGCGGAGACAUCCUCAAUGAUAGCCAUGCCGAGGUCAUAGCCAGAAGGAGUUUCCAAAGAUACCUUCACUACCAGCUCCACUUGGCAGCCGCCCUGAAGGAGGAUAGCAUCUUUGUCCCUGGCACUCAGAGAGGGCUGUGGAAACUCAGACCAGACCUCUUGUUUGUGUUUUUCUCCAGCCAUACACCCUGUGGGGAUGCCUCCAUCAUUCCAAUGCUUGAGUUUGAAGAUCAGCCCUGUUGUCCUGUCAGUAGAGAUUGGGCCAAUAACCCAUCAGUAGAAGCCGAUGGUAACCUGGAAGCUCCUGAAAAUAAAAAGAAAUGUGAAGAUCUGGGUAGUCCUGUGACCAAAAAGAUGAGGCUUGAGCCUGGAAUUCCUGAUGGUGUGGGUCACCAUCAGAGUUUUGGCAAUCAGGAGAGUGGCCCAAUCCCACCAAGUAUCAGUGGCUCUAAUCUCACCACACAGGAACUGGCCACUGUCACCGGAAUGGCCCCCAGUGGUGCCAAAGUGGUAGAUGUUUAUAGAACUGGAGCUAAGUGCGUGCCUGGAGAAGCAGGAGACUCGGGAAAGCCUGGUGCUGCGUAUCACCAGGUGGGACUGCUCCGGGUGAAGCCUGGCCGGGGAGACAGGACUUGCUCCAUGUCCUGCAGUGACAAGCUGGCACGGUGGAAUGUCCUCGGAUGCCAAGGGGCACUGUUGAUGCACCUUCUGGAAAAGCCUGUCUACCUGUCAGCCGUAGUGAUUGGGAGAUGCCCAUAUAGCCAGGAAGCCAUUCAGAGAGCUCUGACUGGGAGGUGUCAGAACGUCUCAGCUCUCCCCAAAGGCUUUGGAGUUCAAGAAGUGAAAAUACAGCAAUCAGGCUUACUAUUUGAACACAGCCGCUGUGCCGUGCAGGCGAAAAGAGCUGACGGCCCAGGCAGACUUGUUCCUUGUGGCGCAGAUCCCGAAUCAGCAAAGUGGAACUCUUUAGAUCAUUUCAGAAACUGCUAAGCAGUAUUUCAGAGGACAAGUGGCCAGACUCCCUCAGGUGAUGCUGUUGACCCAUGUUUUUUUUCAUAAUUAGGAAGAUUUGUGGUUUAAUUCUGGCUUACAAAUGUCAGGAAGCUUUGGCAGGAGUCUGUGAGCACUUCAUUACCGCUCGUGCGCUCCUCUCUCCCCAGGGUCCUGAUUGCAAACUCAGAUCCGAAGUGUGCACGAUGGGUGGGUUAGUGGUGCAAAGUUACAGAAGACUGGAGGGGAAUCAGGGCUUGGCCUGUUCCAGGCUCUUCUUUCACCACCCUCUGAAUGGAGAGCAAGGCAGACAUAUGUGAGUGUUUGGGGAGCAGUAGAGUCUGUUAGGAAUGCCACUCUCUUCUCUCUUUUGUUCACAUUAGUGGUUGUGAGCUGCAGCCUAAGGAUUGAAAUUGCUCCCAAAUAGGAAUGCAGAGAGCUAUAAAACUGCUCCAGGGGCAGGUGGGCGAGGGCAGUUCAGACAUUAACUACCUGUGGUUAGUGCCAUCACUUCAUACGCACCAGACGCAAGCCACCCACACUUCUGACCACUGACUACAAAUUCAGGGGUCCCCGCUGCCUCCUUAGGUUCAGAAAUUCACGGGAUAACUCACAAGUUCAGGAAAGCACUAUACUUAAAAAAGUAUAGUAAAGUAGAAAAUAGAAAGUAAUGACUUUAUAUUGUAAAGAAUGUAAAUCAGGACCAGCUAAAAGAAGAGACACAUAGAGCAAGGUCUGAGAGGGUCCCAAACACAAUGCGUCUGUGUCCUCAAGAUGUGUCACCCUCCCAGCACACCACUGUGUGUCCCCAGCCAGAAGGGGGACCCAAGCUUCAGUGUCCAGAGUUUUCUUUGUGGUUUUAUUAUGUCAGCCUGCUUGAACCGUUGGCCAUGUGGCAUGACUGAACCCGUUGUCCGCCUCUGGAGGACAACAGACCACACUCUGCUCUAUGGUUAAUCUCCCUGGCAUGGCCAGCCCUGUCCUGAUCUAUCCAGGGCCCACCAGAAGCCACCUCGUUGCGUGGAAGCUCAGGUGUGAUCAGAGGGGUCCACCGUGCAGAACAAGGACAUUCCUGCCCCCAGGGAAAAUACGAAGGUUUGGAGGUUCCCUUCCAGGAACUGGCAACAAGACCAGCCAAAGUCUUUAUCAUACAGCAGUGGGGAAGUGAAGGCGUUACUAGAACCAUCUAUGUGAAGAGGCAGCUGCUUGUUAGCACCACCAUGCACACUGCAGUCAGUAAUGUUGUCCUGUGGUCACUUUGUUCAUUUUUUGUCAGAUGAAUGAAUCAAACUGAUAGCGGGGGGUUGGGGGUGGGUCCAUAGAUUUUGUAUGGCAGUGAAAACAAAUCUAAACCAAGGUCAGGGAAGACUUUAUUUAAAGGAAUCAUGGCAGUAAGAGUAAGAGAGUAAAGGAAUCACAGCAGCAGGAUUGGCGCCAAAGCGAGGACACCGCAGCCCUAACAGUUCGUCAGCCUCUAGGGCCCACGGGAAGGAGCAGUGAGCAAGGCUAGAAAGAACCAGGAGGAGGAGGGCAUGGGAUCUGCAGUUAGUGUGAUGGGACAGCCAGACAGGAAAUAUCUUUUCUGGAGAUCAGUGGAUUCUCGGGGGUUGGGGAUGAGGGCUGUUAAGGCGUCACCCCACAUUUUGAUGCUGGCUCAGGGUGCAGUGGGUCAAAGUUCAGGGCCUAGGAGAAGGACAGAAGCAUAACUAAUGCUGGUCAAGGAAGCAAGAAUUUUGUUGAUAUUGGCAUGUGGGUACAAACAGUUCAGCUCAUCAUUGAGACAGAAGAGAAUGGGAGUUUGGAGGGUCCAUCAUGGGUAGACCUAGGGCACAUCCAUGAGUCUUAUCUGAGUCUUACAGCGAGAGGGACUGCUUUGCAGGAAACCAUUUCCCAGAACACUUUAAACCAAAAGUAGAUAGUUAUUCUUGUUUUAUCUGAUUUCACUAGGACCAGCAAGACUAGCAUUGUUCAUUCUCACCUGCUUUCAUCCAUGCUGCUUUCUAGUGAAUUUCCUACGACAGAGAAAGAGCUGCUAUAGGAAAACAUACCCAAAUCCUCCUGUCCGUAGGUCUCUGGUUAGAAAGCUGUCCAGCUGACUGCUCAAUUGGCCACCAUGUUGAGCCGAUCAUUGAGUAUCUGUGUGCUUGCUGAUGUGUGUGCAUUAGGGUACAGAAGCUUGAGACGUACCAUGAGUACAAGGAGGCCGCAUCUGCUUAUCAGGAAGCCUGGAGUGUGCUCCGGAAGCAGGCCUUUGGAUCCUGGAUCAGAAACCCUUCAGAUUAUCACCAGU